GGCCGACAAUCAAAGAGUAAUUUCGUCUCCUUGAGAAAUCGCGAUCUGUUGGCUUUCAGCUGAAUAGAAACGAAUGAAUUACAGAAAUUUAGGUAUUCGGUAGCUUUAAGACAUCAUCUGCUGUCCACAAUGGUUCUGUUCGCGAUGAUUACGCGUGUUUCAGAUGGAAUGCCUUUGUCGGCUUCCACCGACCUUCACAUGCAUUUUGAGCGUAAAGAAAGCAAGAGGCUCGGCAAAAGUUUAGCAAGGAAAGCAAAUCAGUAUCCCACAAGAUGUGCCAUGCAAUGUGGAAAACACAUGAUAUACUUUGUGAAGGCUGUUGGGGUUUGUUUCUUGGCUGUCUGUGAAGGAACCUAUCCUGCUGUUUUGGUUUUCUGUUUCCUUGAAGAACUUCAGUGAGAGUUUGUGAUGAC